AUGCCGCUGUCGCGCAGCGUCUCGGUGUCCCCAUUUUCCCCGUUUUUCCUCAUUUUCACCCAUUCUUGCCCAUUUUCCCCCGUUUUAGCCACCAUGCCGCUGUCGCGCACCAUGCCGCUGUCGCGCAGCGUCUCGGUGUCCCCGUUUUGGUCCAUUUCUCCCCAUUUUCACCCAUUUUUGCCCAUUUUCUCCCGUUUUCGCAGCCAUGCCGCUGUCGCGCAGCGUCUCGCCGCCAUGCCGCUGUCCCACAGCGUCUCGGUGUCCCCGUUUUUCCUCAUUUUUCACCCGUUUUUGCCCAUUUUCCCGUGUUUUCUCGCCAUUUUAGCCGCCAUGCCGCUGUCGCGCAGCGUCUCGCCAUGCCGCUGUCCCGCCGCGUCCAUGCCGCUGUCCCGCAGCGUCUCGGUCUCCUCCCUCCCCGGCCUCGAGGACUGGGCCGGCCCCGACGCCCUCGACAACGUCGUCCUGUUCGAGGUGGCCUGGGAGGUGGCCAACAAGGUGGGCGGGAUCUACACGGUGCUGCAGACCAAGGCCCGGGUGACGGCCGACGAGUGGGGCGACGGCUACUACCUGGUGGGGCCCUACGUGGAGGCCAGCGUGAGGACCCAGGUGGAGCUGCUGGGGCCGCCGAGCGCCGCCCU